AUGGACAUAAAAGUGCUGGAUGACGAAAUUAUGCUGUCCGAUGGGCGAGUCAUCAGAAUGCCCGUUAAACAGGCAGAGGAAAAAGAGAAGGAAAAAAGCAAAGGGAAAAUAAAGGUGGACAAAGUACCAAACGUUUGGGGAAGCAGCGCGGGCGCAGGAAGUGACUACUUUGAUCUUUACAGAAAGCAAAGAAAUCAAGAAAAUGAAAGAAUCGAAUUGAUGGAAAAGAAGUGGAAGGAAUAUACACAGAAUCAAAUAUUCCAAAGUAAGAGGAAGGAAAAAAUUGAGUUUAUAGAAAAGAAAAGUUUAAAAAAAAAAAAAAAAAGACAAAUGAAGAAGGACAAAAUUAGGGAGAUGCGAAAUAGUAAGAAGGCAAAACUCCAAGGGGGAAGUGACGAGAAAAUGGAAAAGACCACCGACCAGGUGGGGGAAGACUCCUAUCCACGUGAAUAUGAUACUUCCAAUGAUGUGAAUCAGUCGGUCUCCUCCAAGAAGAAACAUCAUAACAAUUCACCUACGCCUGAUGAGAUGAUCAAAUAUGACAAGGCAGAAUCGGGAGAGGACGAGUCUGAUAAGAUGGAGGCCGCCCACCCGGUAGAUACAGAUACCUUUCUCGUAGUUAAGGAGGGGGAGGAGGAACUGUUCUAG